AUGUCUUGGAACGACGGUGGUGAUUUCGGCGGUGGUGCCGGUGGUGCCGACAACAACUUUGGCGGUGGUGGCACGCCUAGCGCCUUCGACGACGGCUACGGUGACAGCUACGGUGGUGCUGAGGGCGGUGGUGGAGGAGGCGGCGGCGACCGCGCCUGCUUUAACUGCGGCGAGGUUGGACACAACAAAGCUGACUGCCCGACCCCUGCCGCACCGGUUGAGUGCCGUUACUGCCACAAGGAGGGCCACUUCGCCAAGGAGUGCCCCGACAAGCCCCCUGCCCGCUGCGGCAACUGCAAGAAGGAGGGCCACUUCAUCACUGAGUGCCACGACCCUCUGGUCUGCCCCCGCUGCAAUGGAUCUCACAUGGUCCGCGAGUGCCCUGAGCCUAUGAAGUGCUACCACUGCGAGGGUGAGCACAUGGCCAAGGAGUGCCCCGUUUUUGUCGCCACUUGCCAGAACUGCGAGGAAGCUGGCCACACUGCCGUCGAGUGUCAGAACGCUCGCAAGGUUGACCGCGGCCAUCUUCCUGAAAUGACCGGCGAGGAGGCCUGGAAGCUGCUCGAGCAGGCAAUCAAUGACAGGGAUAUGGACGAGGUCAAGGAGAAAAUACAGAUCUAUGCCAAGGCCCAGCCCACAACUACGUUUGUCGAGCUUGAGAAGGCGCUCCGUUCCCAGGGAUACGGUCUUUAUCUCAUUCCCAAGGAGCGUGCGAACCUGUCUAUCACCCUGACCAACAUGGAUCUUCAGGGCAAUUUGAACAAGAAGUACACGGUGAACUACCGCUUCUCAGACAAACCCCUCCGCCAAUCCGAGCGAGAGGGCUGGCCCGAGAGCCACGAUGUCAUCAUGGAGCGACUUGCCGAUGCUGGCGACGUUGUCCCCUGGGUUGGCAAGCCCAAGUGCGGCAACUGCGAGAAGCUCGGACACCUCCGCAAGGACUGCCCCGAGGAGAAGCUGGAGGCUGACAGGGCCGUCGUGAAAUGCUACAACUGUGACGAGGAGGGUCACCGGGUCCGCGACUGCCCUACUCCUCGCGUUGACAAGUUCGCCUGCAAGAACUGCGGCAAAGGUGGCCACAAAGCCGCUGAUUGCACUGAGCCCCGUGACGCGUCCAAUGUUGAGUGCCGCAAGUGCAACGAGAUGGGACAUUUCUCCAAGGAUUGCCCGACCGCCGGUGGCUCUCGUGGUUGUCGCAACUGUGGUGAGGAGGGCCACAUGGCCAAGGAGUGUGAUAAGCCUCGCGACAUGUCAAAGUUUCAGUGCCGCAACUGCGAUGAAUACGGACACAGCGGCCGUGACUGCCCCAAGCCACGUGACUAUUCCCGUGUGCAGUGUCAGAACUGCCAGGAGUACGGCCACACCAAGGUCCGCUGCACUAAGCCUCACGUUGACGAGGACGGCGGUGCUGGCGCCAACGAUGUUGGUUUCGAUUCUGUCGAUGCCUCUGUUGAUGCUGGUGGCGGUGGUGACUGGAACAACCCAUCCGGUGGUGAGGCGGUCUCUUCCGGUUGGUAA